GAAACCAUAAAUAGAGAUAUGAUGCGAAUCAGACGGGGGACUCUCUCAAUCUUUUCCUAAUUAACACUUUUCUAACAAAAAAACUAAAAAACGCUUCUCUUCUCUUCUCUCUCUCUCUCGCUCGCUCGAUCUCUUCACUGCACACAGUAGUAAUAAUGGCGGCUACUGGAAGAUCAAGCCGAUCAGUUCUUCGUCCUCUCUCUUCUUCUGCACAGAGAUUACACCAUCAUCAUCAUCAUCAUCGUCAACGAUCUCCUUCUCCUUGCAACCUCCGUUUGAACUUCUUUUCUCCCGGAAACAUCGCCAAUAACAAACCCUCGUCCUCCUCCUCCGUCGCGGUUUCUUCUAAUCAUCAUCAGAAGAGAAAGUGUUUGUGCUCUCCCACGACGCACCCUGGUUCCUUCCGCUGCUCUUUUCACCGCCGAUUAGAGCACGACAGAUCCAAAACCCUAGCUUCUAAUUCUUCACCGACCAAGCGUACCAAUAGCAACCGCGGCGAUGUUAGGGUUUGUGUUGGAUUGAAUCUGAGGAAACUUGCGUUGAUUAAUUCGCUUGCCAAGAUUGGUAGUGCUGAAGCGGAGAGGUUUAGGACAUCUUUAGCGGCGAAUCUUGUUAAACCGUCGUCUUUUCAUAUCCUUCGCCAUCCUGAGUUUCGGCCUCGUCUUAGCCGCUUCUACCAAUUGCGUACAGUUCAAGAUUAAGGACAAAGCUAGGUUUUCGUUAUUUCCUUUUUUCCUUGCGUACAAAGGAAUUAUUUUUUUAGGGUUUUUCCUUGGCGCAGUGUAGAGAUAUUAGGACUUGGUUUAGUUGGUGCUCUCGAAUUCUUCCUCUCUUUUUUUCAUU